AUGAAAAAAAUCAGCACUUUAGGGUCGAAAUUUCGGCAGGAGAAUACAGAAAUUCAGCAAUUUGGAGUAGCAAUUAAGCAAAUCGUCAAGCUGAAUGCAAACAGGAUGGUGGUGGGCACAAUUUGUGGAUUUGAUCAGUUUAUGAAUCUUGUGAUGUUGAUUGACUGGUUCAUUCUCUAUUCUACUGAGUUAUCCGAGGCAAUAGUGUGGUCACCGUCGAGGCUCUUGAACCCGCUUGGUUCAGAGAACUUCCAACUGGUUUUAGACUGUCUUUCCCCGGAGCAAGUCAUGGAAUCGCAGACAGAAGAGGAGUGCUUUCAGCUGGCAAUGCUUCUUCCCCCAACAGAAGCUGCUUGGUCCAAACUCCGAGGCCAAGAGGUCCUGACUAAAGAAAACAUUGCUGAACCUAUGCGAGAUAUCAGAAGAGCUCUUUUGGAAGCGGAUGUGAGCCUUCCAGUAGUAAGAAGGUUUGUUCAGUCUGUUAGUGUCUUAGUGAUCAAGCUGUUGGAGUUGGGAUUACAAGGAGUUGGGAAGACAACUGUUUCUGCCAAGUUAGCCUUUUAUCUUAAGAAGCUGUAUAUGAGUAUAUCCACUCUCAUGUUUAUCAUCAAGCUUGUGACAGGUGGAUCCGUGGAUGUGCUUGUCUAUACAGCAGUUACUGAUGUAAAUCCUUCAGAUAUAGCUAAGCAAUGUUUAGCUGAGGCCAAAAAGAAAAAUAUUGAUGUGGUUAUAGUGGAUACCGCUGGUAGACUUCAGAUUGACAAAGGAAUGAUGGAUGAGUUAAAAGAAGUGAAACGAGCAGUAAAUCCUACAGAAGUUUUGUUGGUUGUAGAUGCAGUGACUGGUCAAGAAGUUGCAGCUUUAGUUACCACAUUCAAUCUGGAAAUUGGUAUUACUGGUAUGAUGAUUAUGAAGUAUAGUGUUGUAUCAGCAAUGGAAAUUUAG